UCCUGCAUGGUUAAAUUCAGGUCUUGUUGCACAAAUGGGAAUUUCAAGAAGAGAAACGUGAGAUUGUACCUGACUAUAGGGUAAGACAUUUCUCCUUCUGUGCGCUUUUACGCACGGUGACGUCUUUGGGAACUGGACCACAGUAAAAACCAAAAAGUGUUUACAGAUUUCUACCGGGGGGAAAAAUAUGACAGAGGAGACCAAACCGUUUACGGAGCAUCCGUGCAGUCCAGCGGGCAGCGACCGCUCCAUGACCCCGCAUGGUUCGGACUCAGAGUCUCCAGCUUCUGCAGCGGAGUCUGACGCACGGGACACUGCGUCCGGAAACACGCCGCAGCGUGGCGCGGAGACCGAGCGCUUCCCCACCUGCAUCCGCGACGCGGUGUCGCAGGUGUUGAAGGGCUACGACUGGUCGCUGGUGCCGAUGCCCAGUCACGGAGAGCGAGGACUGAAGAGUAAACCUCACGUCAAGCGGCCGAUGAACGCGUUCAUGGUUUGGGCGCAGGCGGCGCGCAGGAAGCUGGCGGAUCAGUAUCCUCACCUGCAUAACGCCGAGCUCAGCAAGACGCUGGGGAAACUGUGGCGAAUUCUCUCUGAAACAGAGAAGCGUCCCUUUGUCGAGGAGGCCGAGAGGCUGAGGCUGCAGCACAAGAAAGACUACCCCGACUACAAGUACCAGCCUCGAAGACGGAAGAGCUCAAAACCGGGUUUAGGGGAUUGUAAGGCUGGACUGGUCCAGCAACAGCAAGAUUUGUUUAAGACAGAACCAGGGACGACCAGGGUGGCUGGUACGGGGGACACACAUCAUCAUUACUAUCCAGACAGGACAGGUCAGUCUCAUGGACCUCCAACACCUCCCACUACUCCAAAAACUGACCUCCACUCAGGUGGUAAACAUGAUGGCCACCAGGUUGUGGAUGGCGGCGGUGGCGGCGGCGGCAGUGGCAGCUCUGUUCCACCUCCUGGCCGACAGAACAUCGACUUCAGCAAAGUGGACAUCUCAGAGCUCAGCACUGACGUCAUCAGCACCAUCGAUGGAUUCGAUGUGCACGAGUUUGACCAGUAUCUGCCUCCAAACAGCCACAGCUCCGCUGUUCUAACUCCGUCAGACUCCAGCCACGGACACAACACCACCACCACCACCACCACAGGAUCGUUCGUCCUACCGAGCGUCUACUCUCACUCCCACAGCAGUCCAAUCUGGACUCCCAAAUCUUCUAGUGGUCCAUCGCCUGGAAUGCCACCAACAUCUUCUAGUAGUGACACCAAUGAGGACAGUGGCCACAAACCUCAGAUUAAAAUGGAGCAGAUGAGCCCAGGUCACUACAACAGCUCGUCCUCUUCUACUCCACCACCUCCUCCAGAGUACACCUCCCUCAACUCAGGAACCUGCCCUCCCUCCUCCUCCUCCUCUACAUCUUCCUCUACAUCUUCCGCCAGCCAGUACAAUGACCUUCAGUGCCCCAGUUUCUACAGCGCCUUCUCCGGCUACCCCACCGGUCUGUAUCAAUACCCGUACUUCCACUCCUCCAGGAGUCCCUACGCCACGCAGCUUAUCAACAGUUUGGCCUUGGCACCGUCUCCGCACAGUCCUCCCUCUGGCUGGGAGCAACCAAUCUACACAACGCUCUCCAGGCCUUGAAUGAAAGGAUACAAAAACUGUCAUAAAAAACAGAUUCACUUCAAGUAUUUCCGGAGGUUUUGAAGGGUCCGGAUUUCGUAAGGACGGCACUUACAACUGUUAGGUGAAUGGAUCAAAUUUGUUAGCAGAUAAAGAUGUGUUGUUUUGACUCUUUACUGAGGGAAACACUCAGUGAAAGGCUGAUUAAAGCCUUAUGAUACACUCAAAUGUUCCAUUAAAAACUGCACACUAAUGAAAUUGUCUUAACUAGGCAGGCUGUUGGAGAUUUAAUAUCACGUUUUUCCACACACUCAUAUUAGUAGAUUUACCAAAAUAAUAAUACAUUUUUUACAAAUAUGUACAAAUAAUCAGCUGAUUAGAAAUGGGUUUUUUUAAGUUUAUUUAAGCAACAGUUUUUUGGGUUUUUUUAAACAAAGUAUGUAGCGUUCUUGCUGAGAGUUUUAUGAGAAGUUUGAUACCACAGUCCCUAUAGUUGUGGGCUAAAUAUAGCAUAGUUUAGUUAGCCUAGCUUAGCAUAAAGAGUGCUAAUUUUUGAGUUUUGCGAUAACCCCUUUUAAAAGCCACAACCUAUUGCUUUUUUUAUGCUUUUGUAAACUAAUGAGAGACAGCAUUGGCAGUGCAAGGUGGUACAACGCUUACUUUCUAGACCAGAAAAGCAGGUUCUAUGCUUUAUGGUAGUUGAUGAACAUCAGUGUGCUAUAUUAAUGUAGUUCUUGGCAGGUUGUCCUCCCAUAAUAUUCAAAUUUUAAAGCUACAAACUAUGAAUUUGGCCUAUUUUGUGGGUGUAAAAUGGAAAUUAACCACAACCCUUUAAUAAGCACUUGUCUCCCAUUUAAGUGAUUUAUGUGUGUCCAGGGAGAAAUAAAAAAAAUGUUUUUUUUAAUUUAACGUAAUAAUAUUUGUUGUUUGAUUAUCCUGCUGAUUUCAUUAUACGUGUUUUCUUUAGUUUUCCUUGAGGUGACACUAUGUGCGAUAUGAGUGUUACAGGGACACAGUCACAGCAACAGGCAGACACAAUAAAUCAAAUCCAAUAUCUCUGAGGCAUUUUCUCCCCUGGCUGGACUUCGUGUCUGAUUUUACUGCCGACCUGCUCCUAAGUGCUGCCUCAUUCCCAGUUAGUUUUGCGUCCAGUCCAACAGCUGCUCCCGCUGCGUUUCCUGGGAGUACAUAAGAUAAUUUCACAGUCCCGACUCUGUGUGGAUUGUUGCCGUCGAAGGCCUGAUGGACGGGACAGCUGGACGAGGUGUUUAAGUUUGUUCGACUAAACUAAUAUUCUCGACAAAUAGUUACACUGGUAAAAAUUCUGUGCUGAAGCAGCAAGUUUUUUUUUUUUACCCCAUAAUGAUUGUGCCAGAAUUUCACUGGCAAUAUUAUCUUUAGGACAAACAUGGUGGUGGCUGAGAUGGAGUUCCAGCCACUUUUAAAGACUUCCUGUGCAGGUUCGGGGCCUGGCUGCUGCAGCUCAGUGGCUUCACUGUCUCGCAAGUUUACCGUGGCAACCCGGUCACCAACGUCAACACAACAUCCAGACAGAGGGAACAUUGAUCGACACAUAAAAAUAAGAACCCUGGAGCCAUGCGUGGAAGUUUGUGUAAGAGUGGCGAGAUCAUCAGGUGACAGACCUUCAGUCAACACUCAGUGUGACUGCGUGGCUCUCUGCAGUGGUUUGCUCUCCGUGCACCAUGACUGAUGAGCGCCACCAUCUGUAGCAUGGAAUAAAUGAACGGCCUGGGCCCUUCUGGAAAAUACCGGAGAGGUGUCUCCUUAGCAAUGAGACGGACUUCCUUCACAUGUUCAUUUAUGAAAAGUGUUCUCCAAGAUCUUAUUUUCACACACCAUUUUUUCACACCAUUUAAAUGUGUAUAUAGAGCACAUUCAAGUUGUAGUUCACAAACAUAAUUAUAGUUUGUUUAUCUGGAAACAUGCAUUAAAAAAACAUUUGUCUCUAGAGGGAAGUUCAAAGAAGUGAAUGUUACUCGAGUUAAAACGAUGUCUCGCAAAGGGAUUCAUUGAAAAAAGCCAAACUGUUGGUGGUCGAGUUGCAU